AUGUCUGGCAUCGCCCUCAGCCGCCUUGCCCAGGAGAGGAAGGCCUGGAGGAAGGACCACCCGUUCGGUUUCGUAGCUGUACCAACAAAGAAUCUAGAUGGCACGAUGAAUCUCAUGAACUGGGAAUGUGCUAUUCCAGGGAAGAAAGGGACACCAUGGGAAGGAGGUUUAUUUAAAUUACAGAUGCUAUUCAAGGAUGAUUAUCCUUCUUCGCCCCCAAAAUGCAAGUUUAAGCCACCAUUAUUCCACCCGAAUGUGUACCUGUCAGGUACAGUGUGUCUGUCCAUCUUAGAAGAGGAUAAGGAUUGGAGGCCUGCCAUCACAAUUAAACAGAUCUUGUUAGGAAUCCAAGAACUCCUAAAUGAACCAAAUAUUCAAGAUCCAGCUCAAGCAGAGGCCUACACAAUUUAUUGCCAAAACAGAGUGGAAUAUGAAAAGAGGGUUCGAGCACAAGCCAAGAAAUUUGCACCAUCAUAAGCUCCUGUCAUGCAGCAUC